GCAAGCACACACGCGAGUGUCUCACCCACAGAAGCACCAGCAGUAGUGAGCUCAGAUGGGUGAUGGCAUGCCUGUAGGUGUUUAUCUAUUCAGGUGAAAACAAGCGCUAUUUCGACUUGGUGCACCCACGGUCUCCAAAAAGACAACUAAUCACACCAUGGGACACGACCGGGUGAAUUACUAAACUGAACUAAACGCGCAAGUGUCUGAGUUCUCUUCAUGAAUGUCGCUUCGAGUUGCACUGAAACUUUACCGCCGACGAUAAAACGUGUUCAACUCAGCGGAGGAGAAAAACGAGCGCAAUGAAGGAGCGCAGCGUGCGAAGGUAAAGCAGGAAAAGUUUAUUAGAUAACCGCGGCUUGAUAGUUCAUUUGAAAACAAAUUCCGUCUGUAGGAAAAAAAAAGCACAGAGUUGGAAAGCUCUUAUCGUGUUUGUGUUGAAACAAGAAAAAGUGUGACUAAUGGCUGAAGAGGGAUCCGGUGGCUUGGCGCAAUCCGCGGCGUUUAAACUCUCCGAGAUGGGCGAGAAAACUAAACAACUAGGCACUGCUAUCCAAGAUCCUGAACGACAACGGAGGAUUAUUCUAGUAAUCGUGUGUGUGGCACUUUUGUUAGAUAAUAUGCUUUACAUGGUGAUCGUGCCGAUCGUGCCAGAUUAUUUGGCCAACCUAGAAAGUGAAUCAAGCAACUCCAGCAACAGCACAGAAAACUUCGACAUGCAGAUCGGUGUCCUGUUUGCAUCCAAAGCCAUUUUGCAGCUUCUUGUCAAUCCUUUGACGGGAACUUUCAUAGACCGCGUGGGAUACGACAUACCACUUUUAAUUGGACUUUCCAUCAUGUUUGUUUCGACGUGUAUUUUUGCCUUCGCUGAAAACUACGCGACCCUUUUCGCGGCGCGGAGUCUGCAGGGUCUCGGCUCGGCUUUCGCAGACACAUCAGGGAUCGCUAUGAUAGCAGACAAAUACACAGAGGAGGCCGAGAGAAGUCGAGCUCUAGGAAUCGCCCUGGCAUUCAUAUCCUUCGGCAGUCUGGCGGCGCCCCCCUUCGGCGGGGUGCUUUACGAGUUUGCAGGGAAGCACGUUCCUUUCCUCGCCCUCGCAUGUGUCUGUCUAGCCGACGGAAUUUUGUGCUUGACAGUCCUUAAACCAUUCUCCAGCAGGGUCAGGGAAAACAGGCCAAUUGGCACACCUAUUCACAGACUAAUGAUUGAUCCCUAUAUAGCAGUGGUGGCGGGUGCACUGACCACGUGUAACAUCCCCCUUGCGUUUCUGGAGCCAACCAUCGCGAACUGGAUGGAGGAAACCAUGGACGCAUCCCAGUGGCAAAUCGGUCUGACCUGGUUACCAGCUUUCUUCCCUCAUAUUUUAGGUGUGUACAUAACUGUAAAGCUGGCAGCGCGACACCCACACUUACAAUGGUUUUAUGGUGCUCUUGGCAUGGUUAUAAUAGGUGCCAGCUCCUGCACGGUGCCAGCAUGCAAAAACUUUGAGCAACUUAUUAUCCCCUUGUGCGGCAUCUGCUUUGGCAUUGCGCUGGUGGACACCGCGCUGUUGCCCACACUUGCAUUUCUGGUUGAUGUGCGCUACGUCUCUGUGUACGGCAGUGUGUACGCCAUUGCAGACAUCUCCUACUGCGUUGCCUACGCUUUGGGUCCAAUUGUAGCUGGUAAAAUAGUGCACGACCUGGGCUUUGUGCAGCUCAACCUGGGUAUGGGCCUCGCCAACGUGCUUUACGCGCCAGCGCUGCUCCUGUUGCGCAACGUGUCCCUCAUGAAGCCGUCUCACUCCGAGAGGAACAUGCUGCUGGAGGAAGGAGCCACAGGCCUCUACGACAGCAUCAGACUAGAAGAGUGCCAAGCCAAGAAAAAUAAGAAGGGCUAUAACACAACGGACAACUGUCUGCCUGUGGACGAAAACGGUAUAUUUGCUGGAAACUCCAGAUCAUAUCCCCAAGAGGAAACAUCUGAACUCGAUUAUGCAUAAACACUCAUAAUCAGUAUUGUGUCGAUUUCCUGGACACAAAGUUAACACCUACUCAAUUAAACUCAGAAGUAGGCUUUACCUCUGUCUGGAAAACCAGUCUUCACUGUGUAGUCUAGCCACUUGCAUAGAAAUCCUCUCACACUCAUGCAAAAUUUGCAACAUAAAAAAAUAUACGCUGUGUAACUCGAAAUCAUUUACUUAGCACAUGUUUGCUCAAGAAUCAAUUGCUUCACGUAUUAUUUCUUUUACACACGGAAUACCAUAUUAUGUUAUCCGCAUAAUUGUGACUAUCUCCUUCGAUUUCUUUUUAAAUCUCUCAUUGUGCAUUUUAUUUAGUUUGCUUAGUUUAUUAAUGUUUAAAAAUGCGUUCAGGGAUAUAAAAAACGCACACGUGGAACAAAAACGUGCGUCGUUAAUAAAAACAGGCUUACGUUAUUGUUGUUUUGCCAGGUCUGUGCUGCUAUCACUAAAAUGCAAUAUCACGUGACAAUGUGAUGGAUUAUAUGAUGGAUCUCAUGUGUAGCCUAUCCUGCGUGUCCACUGUCUUUAUGUAAUCUCUUAACGUUGUCAGGGUGUGUUUCUGGAAUGCGUUAACCACAAAUGUACAUAAUGUGUAUAUCAAGUGUACAUAAAUAAAAUGAUAUA